AUGGCUGUAUUCAGUCUAACUGUUGGAAUAUUUUCGGGGCUCUGCAUCUUGAGCACUGCUUUACUAAGAUGGAACCAAGUAAGGCACAGGAAGAAAAGAUUACCCCCCGGUACCAUGGGAUGGCCAGUUCUUGGUGAAACUAACGAGUUUCUAAAACAAGGUCCAGCCUUCAUGAGAAACAAAAGAACAAGGCAUGGAAGUUUUUUCAAGUCCCACAUUUUUGGGUGCCCUACAAUUAUUUCUAUGGAUCCAGAGCUAAAUAGAUAUAUCCUAGUUAACGAAUCGAAAGGCCUUGUCCCUGGCUAUCCUCAGUCCAUGCUAGACAUCUUAGGCAAAUGCAACAUAGCAGCUGUCCAUGGUGGUACUCAUAAGUACAUGAGAGGUGCAUUGCUUGCUCUCAUUAGCCCCACCAUGAUUAAAGACCAACUUUUGCCGAAAAUCGAUGAUUUUAUGAGAUCCCAUAUCAGCAAAUGGGAUAACAAAAUCAUUGAUAUUCAACAGAAAACAAAAGAGAUGGCUUUUCUCUCGUCACUGAGGCAAAUCGCAAGUGUUGAAUCUGUCUCAAUAUCUCAAGAAUUCAUGCCUGAUUUCUUUAAGCUAGUGCUGGGAACUCUGUCUCUGCCUAUCAAUCUUCCUAAUACAAACUAUUAUCUCAGCAUCCAGGCAAGGAAAAACAUUACGAUUUUGUUGAGAAAACUUGUAGAAGAGAGAAUAGCUUCUGGAGAAACUCAUCACGACAUGCUUGAUUACCUAAUCUACAGCGAAAAGAACAAGUAUAAGCUGAAUGAUGAGGAGAUGAUUGAUCUGAUCAUCACAAUUUUGUAUUCGGGAUAUGAGACUGUUUCGACUACUUCAAUGAUGGCCAUCAAAUAUCUUCAUGAUCAUCCAAAAGCACUAGAAAAAUUGAGAAAAGAACAUGCGGAAAUCAGAAAAAAGAAAAGGCCAGAGGAUCCUAUUGACUAUGAUGACUACAAAUCAAUGUGCUUUACGCGUGCUGUUAUUUAUGAGACCUCAAGAUUAGCUGCAAUAGUUAAUGGAAUUUUGAGGAAGACAACAAAAGACAUGGAAAUAAAUGGAUAUGUUAUUCCCAAAGGAUGGAGGAUAUACGUGUAUACAAGAGAAAAUAAUUAUGAUCCAUGCCUUUAUGCUGAUCCACAUGCCUUCAAUCCAUGGAGAUGGCUGGAAAAAGGCCUUGAAAACCAAAAUUACUCGUUCAUCUUUGGAGGAGGAACGAGGCAGUGUCCCGGAAAAGAAUUUGGACUAGCGGAAAUAUCUACGUUUCUUCAUUACUUUGUGACGCGAUACAAGUGGGAAGAAGUAGGAGGAAACAAGUUGAUGAAAUUUCCUAGGGUCGAAGCACCUAAUGGACUUCAUAUCAGGGUUUCAACUCAAUGA